AUGGCGCAUGAGGCUGAAAUUGUUUGCCGCCUCAUACGACUUGGUGAUGUCUGCGGGCUGAAAAAGUUUACAUCAGCGGGCUUCGACUGGUCGCAGUGUGUUGGAGAUGGCAGCUUCAAUGUACCCCCGCUACAUGCGGCCAUUGUUUUCGGCAUUUGGCAGACGGACUUGACGGCGGAGUUUCAGGAAAUGAUUCAGUACAUGCUGAAUGCAGGGGCAGACCCUAUGCAGCAGAUUUCGGAUAAGAAUGGCGACAGGUACAGCCUGACAUGCGGUAAAGACGACUCAGAGAUAGAAGUGGCUUUUGCAGGGCACUCUGCUCUUUCGCUCGCUUUGGCAUGGCUAGCAGAGAUGCAGCUACUCGAUAACCAACACUGGGACUACGAGUUUAGAUAUCUCCAGAACGUGGUGCCAAUACUGACGGACACGUGCACCCAGACAAGACCCAAAGUCGCAGUGGAUGCAAGAGCCCUCGAUUUGUGGGAGUCCGUCCUUGAGCUCACAUCGACUCACAAUGUGGCCUUCGAGACUGCAGGGGGGCAGGUCACAGCCCAUGACCAUGUCCUUAUGGUGGCCUCACCUGUCUUGAAGGCCAUGUUGGAGUCCACCAUGAAGGAGGGAGUCACCAAGAAGAUUCAGGUGACUGACUCCUCCAAGGAAGGGGUGGUUCUGUUCCUCGAGGUGCUCUACACCUGCGCAUUCCGUAGCAACCCAGACUACAGGACCGUCAUGGAUGCGUUGGACAUCGCCCACCGCUGGCAAACUCACAGUGUUGUAGAAAUGCUGGCAGAAGUUCUUGAAGAGAUGAUAAGGGAGGACAGCUUCGCGACGAUUGCAGCGGCGGCCGUCCUCAAGGAUCUCAAGAAGCUCCAGCUGGCCUGCGCGAGAUUCGGGGCUCAGAAUGACACGAUCAAAGCCCAGGUGCAAGAGCGCAGCCUACCCGACUCUGUUCUGAGGCUCUUCAAUCCCACACCGUCGGCAUUCACAGCUGCGGUGAGGAAGAAGCGGCGAAUCCUCUGA